GACAGCUAUCAUCCCUGCUAAACCAGACCCAAGUGGAGAAUGUAAUCCUGAUCUCAGGUUAAGAGGUCACCAGAAGGAAGGCUAUGGUCUCUCCUGGAAUUCGAAUUUGAGUGGACAUCUCCUGAGUGCAUCUGAUGACCAUACUGUCUGUCUGUGGGAUAUAAACGCAGGACCAAAGGAAGGCAAAAUUGUGGAUGCUAAAGCGAUCUUUACCGGCCACUCGGCUGUUGUGGAGGAUGUGGCCUGGCACCUGCUGCACGAGUCGUUGUUUGGAUCUGUUGCUGAUGAUCAAAAACUGAUGAUAUGGGACACCAGGUCCAAUACCACCUCCAAGCCGAGCCACUUGGUGGAUGCACACACUGCCGAAGUCAAUUGCCUCUCAUUCAAUCCCUACAGCGAAUUUAUCCUAGCCACUGGCUCUGCGGAUAAGACCGUAGCUUUAUGGGAUCUGCAUAACUUAAAAUUAAAACUCCAUACCUUCGAAUCUCAUAAAGAUGAAAUUUUCCAGGUCCACUGGUCUCCACAUAAUGAAACUAUUCUGGCUUCAAGUGGUACUGACCGCCGCCUGAAUGUGUGGGAUUUAAGUAAAAUUGGGGAAGAACAAUCAGCAGAAGAUGAAGAAGACGGGCCUCCAGAACUCCUGUUUAUUCAUGGAGGACACACUGCCAAGAUUUCAGAUUUUAGUUGGAACCCCAAUGAGCCUUGGGUCAUUUGCUCAGUGUCUGAGGAUAACAUCAUGCAGAUAUGGCAAAUGGCUGAAAAUAUUUACAAUGAUGAAGAGUCGGAUGUCACGACAUUGGAACUGGAGGGACAAGGAUCUAAAACCCAAAGUACGAGAGAUGUUUCUGUUGAAUGUAAUGCUACAUGAAUGCUUGAUUUAUCAAGCGCCAAAAGGCUUUGUAUAGCAGAAAAUGUAAGUGGGGUGGCUUCUGGCUUCUUUAUCCUCUGAUUCUAGCACUUUCAAGUGAGCUGUUGCGUACUGUAUCAUAUUGUAGCUAUUAGGAAAGAGAUGAUUGUUGCUUAAGAAAGAACAUCACCGUUGAUUUAAAUGCAAGUAGCAGCAUACUGCCUUUGAUUCAACUGUUUAAGUCCUCAUUUUCUCACACUAAGUGCUUGCUGUUCCCAAAUAUGCGAGAGUAACUUUUACACUUUUUCCUUCC